AGCGGCAGAGGUACAGGUGCCUCCGCGGCGCAGCCAGGCCGCCCUCCGGCCCGCAGCCUUCCGACCGGGGCCCACUCCCCUUCUCCCGCCUCACACUCGGGCCUCCCUCCCGCCCCGCCAAAUGCAGGCCGUCGCCCUCCCUGAGGAGAUCUGUUGGCUCCUGGAAGAUACUGAAGAGUUCCUGGCAGAAGGUUUGCGGAAUGAGAACCUCAGUACUGUUGCAAGGGACCACAGAGACCAUAUUCUACGGGGCUUUCAGCAAAUCAAAACCAGAUACUGUUGGGAUUUUCAGCCCCAAGGGGGAGAUCUUGGACAGGACAGCUUUGAUGACAAUCACAGUGGAACUCUUGGCCUGUCCCUCACAUCUGAUGCACGCUUUUUGUCUGAUUAUCAGGAAGAGGGAACGGAAGACAUCCUACGAGGAGCACAAGAGCUUGAUAACAUCAUCAAACAGGGAUACUUGGAGAAGAAAAGCAAAGAUCAUAGUUUCUUUGGAUCAGAGUGGCAGAAGCGAUGGUGUGUUGUCAGCAGAAGCCUCUUCUACUACUAUGCUAAUGAGAAGAGCAAGCAGCCCAAAGGGACCUUCCUCAUUAAGGGAUACAGUGUACGGAUGGCCCCCCACCUGCGAAGAGAUUCCAAGAAAGAAUCCUGCUUUGAACUGACCUCCCAGGAUAGGCGCAGCUAUGAGUUUACAGCUACUAGUCCAGCUGAGGCCAGAGACUGGGUGGAUCAAAUAAGUUUCUUGUUAAAGGAUCUCAGCUCCUUAACCAUUCCAUGUGAAGAGGAGGAGGAGGAAGAGGAAGAAGAAGAAGAACAAGAACAAGAAGAGAUGUAUGAUGAUAUUGAUGGUUUUGACUCUGCAAAUUCUGGUUCCCAGUGCAGACCCAUUAUCUUGCCUGGGAGUGUGGGGAUAAAAGAGCCUACAGAGGAGAAAGAAGAAGAAAUUUAUGAAGUGUUACCAGAUGAAGAGUGUGAUCUAGAAGAGGAUGAGAGUGGCACUCGAAGAAAAGGAGUAGACUCUGCCAAUUAUUACCAGGGCCUAUGGGAUUGCCAUGGUGACCAGCCAGAUGAACUGUCCUUCCAACGGGGUGACCUCAUCCGCAUUCUGAGCAAGGAGUAUAACAUGUAUGGCUGGUGGGUAGGAGAACUGAACAGCCUCAUUGGGAUUGUUCCAAAGGAGUAUCUCACCAGUGCCUUCGAAGUGGAAGAAAAAUGAAGCCCAGGAAACAUACUCUUCUAUCCUGCCUUUAUGAAGAAACUGAUUAUCAAGAGACCCCACUCCCUACUCCUGCCACCCCACCAACCACCAACGCAAUGGACUCUACUGAAGAGACUGAAGUAGUGACUGUGAACCACCAAUAAGAUAGGUGGGAAGAGGCGCAUUCAUCAAACCCAUUACUAAACCUGCCUAGUCAUAGCUCAUCCCCAACUCCAAACACGUCCACACAUCCACAUCUGCCUUUUCCACGGGCUCAUCACAAAGAGGGUGAGAGAGAAAGAGGAAGUUGCUUGUUGUUCUAGCUGGUUUGAAAAGCACAAAUAAACUUCAGAUUUGGUUCCCUGCCAUG